AUGGAGUUUACGCAUAGGAGGAAAGUGGCUAUAUCCUUGCUAUUAUCUGCCCUCCUCUUUGCCUUUAACUUCACUAAUCUUGAAGGAUUAUCAGUCAGGCCACCAGAAAGAAGAUUAGUUGAAUUAGAUUGUGCUUCAGAAGCCAAGCAAUCAGAUGAUACAGUGAGAAUAAAUCCUUUGGACAAUUUCAAGAAAUACAAAGGAGGAUUUGACAUUACAAAUAAACACUAUUGGAGUUCCACAAUUUUUACAGGUAUAUAUGGCUAUGUCAUUGCAGUGAUAUGGCUGUUGUGUGGCUUAGGAUAUGGAGUAUUUCUUCUAGCCUCUACCUGCUGCUCUAAAAGGAAAAACAGAGAGUUUAAGAAGAAAUCAACUUGUUAUAAACAAUGUUAUCUCUGGCUGACCUUCUCAGCUAUUUUCUUGACAAUUUUAGCUAUAACAGCUACAGGCCUGGCACUAGGAGGGAAUGCAAAACUUCGUUCAAGAACAAAUACAGUUGUGGACAUUGUCGUUGAUACAGCAGAGGAGGCAUCGGAGACUAUAUACACUACUACUGGAUCCCUGAGAGCGAUGUACACUGACUUAGCACAUACUGAUAUACGUCAUGAGGCUGCUCGUUUCCUCAUUCCCACCUCUAGAAGUCUUGACAGACAGGCUGCUGAUAUACAUAGGGAAGCCACCGAAAACAGGCGUUUAAUCAUGAAAGGCCUUGACAUAUUGUAUAUAGUAACUACAUUGAUCAUUUCACUCAACUUGGUUGCUGUAAUUGCCCUAACAGUAUUUGGAAUCCUCAAAUUCAGAAGAACUUUUCGCCUGCUGAUUGCAGUGUGUUGGAUCUUUACAAUCCUGUGCUGGUUAUUUUUCGGGAUUUAUUUCUUUCUAGACAACUUUGCUGGAGACGCAUGCACAGCUCUAGAAAGUUUCGAGAUAAAUCCCUACAACAAUAGCUUGAGUUCAAUCCUCCCCUGUAAUGAAUUACUCACUGCAGAAUCAAUCCUAUAUGAAGUCAGUGAAGGGAUUCAUCGAGUAGUGAACAGGGUAAAUCGCGAACUAUCUACAAAUUAUGGAAAUGUUGCACAAAUCUGCAACCCAUUCUCCGGUCCACCUGACUAUAACUAUGAGCCUGAUGAGAACUGUCCAUCUAGCGCAAUCAGGAUAGGAGACCUCCCUCGGAUAAUCAAGAUGCUGACUUGCACGAAUGAAAACUGCAUAGGAGGAGUCUUGAUUCCGCUUAGGGAUUUCAAUAACAUCGAGGCAUAUACAACUGCUCUCAAAAGGAUACUGGAUGUGUACCCUGGAAUGGAAAGCCUAGCAGAAUGCGACACAGUGUAUGAUUCGUUCUCUGAUAUCCUUGACUACCACUGCAAACCAUUAAAGAAAAACGCGCAUAUGACAUGGGGAGGACUCGUUUUCCUGUCAACAGUAAUGGUUGCGUUAGUCCUCGUGUGGACAUUUGAAGCACACCAUGAACAAAAUCAUCAUCACAACCUCGAUUGUUCUAUCAAGCCUCAUUCUUCUGCAACAGUAGAUAUGAUAGAAUUAGGCAAAGUUAAAGAAGCCGAGGUUGAUACUAAUCCUAGUUCAAUAACCUAAAUGACAUCUGAUUAGGUGUUAGCUUAGAGAAUUAUACAGAUUUAACAGAUUGUAGGGAUUAGAAGAGUAUAU